AUGGAUUAUAAUAAUAAAGAUUUUCCUAUUUUAUUUGUCUCUCAUGGUUCUACUAUGAUGCUUGGCGAGGAGUCUGUUGUUAGUAGAGAUUGGGAAGAACAAGGAAGGAAUGCUGAAAGGAAUGGCGUUCAGGGUGUAAUUAUAUUGGGUGCUCAUUGGGAAAAGACUGGUCAAAAUCUUGUUCACGUAUCUAUCAAGGAGCCACCAGGAAUGAAUCCAAUUUCAUGGGUGGCAAAAGAAAAAUAUGAAAAUUAUCGUAUCAAUUGCAGCAAGGAUCUAGGUACAACGGUUGGAAAUAUUCUUACAAAUGGAGGAAUAAAUGUUGUAUUAGAUGAUACAGAUGACUGGAUUCAUGACUCAUUAAUUCCUUUAAAGUGGAUGUUUCCAAAAAAGUGCCCUCCUGUUACACUUCUAUCAAUAAAUUCAAAAUAUGAUGCUGCGUUUCACGCCAAAAUUGGUAAGUUAUUAUCGCACUUAAGAUCGCAAAAGAUUUUGUUGAUAGGUACAGGUGGCGCAGUUCAUAACUUAUAUAGAAACUAUUGGCCGCAAAUUGUGAUUCAUAGGAAUAAUUUUGCUCAGGAAGUACCACCAGAUCAGUGGGCUCUUGAUUUCAGAGAUUACUUUUAUGAUGCUAUCCAUACGAAUCCUUGUACCGGGAAAGCAAGUAUAAGAGAGGGUGUUUUAAGAUUAAUGCAUAACCCAAGGUUUAGGGAUGCUCAUGGUACAGAUGACCAUUACAUGUCGGCUUGUUUUGUUGCUGGUGCUUCUAAAGAAAGAGAAGUUGGAUAUUUGACAAGUGAAGUGUGGGAACUUCAAAAUAUGGGAAACUCUCAAUACAUUAUCGGUUCUUGGUGA